AUGGGUCUGGCCGCGGCGCUGCUGGAGGCGGCUGCGCGCGGCGAUGCGGCGCGGCUGGCGAGCCUGCUGGCUGCCGACGCCAGGGACAUCAAUGUCACUGAUGAGAAUGGAUGCACAGCGUUGCAGCGCGCGGCAGCUGACGGCCACAUCGAGGUUGUGCAACUGUUGCUGCAACACGGCGCCGACCCCAACAAACAGGAUAACGUGCACGGCAACACAGCGGCGCACGAGGCUGCAUGGAAGGGAUACUCCCGCUGCGUGGCGCUGCUGGCGCACGCGGGCGCGGAGCUGCGCUCGCGCAACGCGGCCGGGUUCGCGCCGCUACACCUCGCCUGCCAGAAUGGACACAACCAGUCUUGCAGAGAGAUAUUGCUGGCAGGAGCACCGCCGGACUUGCAGAACAAUUAUGGUGACACGUCGCUCCACACGGCAGCUCGGUAUGGACACGCUGGCGUCACCCGCAUCCUCAUCUCCGCUCAGUGCAGAGUCUCUGAACAGAACAAGAAUGGGGACACAGCACUACACAUCGCCGCAGCAAUGGGUCGACGAAAACUAACCAGAAUACUCCUCGAAGCCGGCUGCGAUAAGGCAAUACGUAACCAUCAAGGAGAAACAGCAAGAGAUAUAGCCACCAGGAAAGGAUUGGAAGAAAUCAUCACUAUUCUCAACACCCCAGUAGCCAAGCAACCUAAGAAAAAGCACAGAGAUAAAAGCAAAGACAGAACACUGGACGAACCAGACACAAGCAAAAAGAAAGAAAAAGAGAAAGAGAAAGGUAAGGAUAAGAGAAAGAAAAACGUGCACUUCGAAACACCUCCGCAAGUCCAGUGGUCUCCGUACGGCUGUCAUUACUAUCCUGAUCCAAAAUUCUUCCCAAAACCAAAACUAAGCUCGCUACCCACCGAACCUUUGAAAAAAGGCGAGCAGUACUAUUUAGAUUUGGCUGGGAAUAUUAAAAAGGGACCAAUAGGCGCUGGGUACACUUGUUAUUGUGCACCUUUCUUUAAACACAUGGAAGAUAAAUUGAACGAAGACAAGAAGGACCUGAAAAAACAUAUCGAUAGAGCACAUGAGAGGCUAGAUCAGAAAGUUACAGAUUUGGAAAUGAAAACACAAGGACAAAUAUCAGAGUUGACGAGAUUCGUAGCAGCCGAAAGAGCAAUGUGUAAAGAAAGGCAUAAACACUUAGAACAUUGGCUGACCAGAGGAAUGAUGUUUAGAGCAUCGGAAAGAGUUAAAAAAUUAGACUUCAGUCCCAAAGGUUCACUAGAUAUACCACCACUUAAACGCACUAGGAGCUUAGAGUUACUGGAUGCCGACACAGAAGAAUGGAAUAAAGUUCACAGGAUAAUAAAGAGCUUCAAUAAAAACGCUGAACAUUAUGAAAGUAAUGCCAAAGACCUGAACGAUAGUAAAGCAACGUCUAAAAGCACUGAGGUCCUGGACAGUCGACAAGACAGUCCUAGACAGCGGUACUUGUUGAAGAACUCUAAGAGUAGUGACCAGUUGGAUGCUGGACCGAGCAGGCUUGCAAUACCUCCUUAUUCUAAGAUAAACAAAGAAAGUCAUCAUCAGAACGUCACAGCAGAGAUCCAUGUAAAAGCAAAUAAAAUGUCGGUGUCACAGUCGCCAAUGUCGAUGGAAGUAGAAAGUUAUCACAACCAAAGGUAUCGGUCGCCCAGUCGACAUUCUGACGCCAAGUCACCGGCCAGUAGUCACAAACAGCCUAGUGACUUAGAUGAAGACGGCCGAAGUUCGAAGGACCAAAAUGUUCCUUUAUGGAAGAGUCAGGUUCUACAACGGACAGCUGAUGAUAUCAGGAAGCGAGUAGCCUUCGAAAAAGAAAUGGCUGACGUUAUGUCAAGGACCAACAAAUCUUUGGAUAUAUCACAGGAUGGAUACGUGAAACUAAGAAAACAAGCCAAUUAUCAAACCAAUGAAAUGGAAAGAGAGCAUAGAAAGUCAGUACAAGAACUAGUGGCGCAAGUGGAACAACGUGUCUCUCCAGAACCUCUGACUAGGAAAAUACAACCCACCGAAACCUUAGAAACUGUACCCUCAACAAGCCAACAGAACCCCGGCAUUUUGAAAAUGCCACAACAACCACAAAGACCAGCUCCUGUAUUAAAAGAGAAACCACCGAAAAGCAAACGGUUCAGUUUACACAACCUCAUACCGUUCCCAACAAGAAAAACCUUUCAGAACCCACCGAAGGAAAAUGGCAACAACUCAGAAAGUAGUGAUGAGGAAGACAAUCCAAUCAGGAGUUCGAUGCAGCCGGGACCGAUGAGGAACACCAACCUUUUACAAACACUUCCGAUGCCAAAUUUCGAGACUGUGUCAAAGUCUCCAUCACCUGCACAAAUGUCGACACAGAAUCCCUAUUCUCAUGACUUACGGUCCAUGAUACCGAAAGACGCGUACUUCCACGACAUCUCCAAUAGACAGAUGCCAUACAUGGACAAUGGUCUACCGGUGCCACAGUUCCCUUGCCCACAGUACGACUACAAUCAGUCAGGGUUACCGAACCAAAUACAGCCGCGGAACAGAAACCCUUUAUACCAUCAUCAAACUGGCGUAUUCGAUGCCAUGAUGCAAGACCACAUCAUGAGGGAGAUGGAGAGGAUACCUCACUGCUACAGCGAGCAUUUAGACCAGAAUACAGAAGUGGAGAUUGCGAACCAGAAUGACUUUCGCAUGUGUUACGACCCAAUGUACCCGAAUUUUAGGGGGAACCCGCAUGGAAUGACGAGGAAGCCGGACCAUAGUCUGCUGCACAGCCGCCUGCAGUCGCUGGCCAUCAACACGCACCUCACGGAGACACACAGCCUGGCAGACAGGGAGUCACACAACGACUCCGGGUACAGCACCAAGGUCUACGGCAGCUCGCAGGGACCGUCGCCGAGCUUGUCAGGACAUGCGGAGGGGUCCGACAACUUGUCCGGGCAGAGAGUCAACAUUGUGCCCAACGGCAAGAUUAUCAACGGACAGAUUGGAGCUUCAAGCUUAGUUUGA